CAGCGCACCUUGUAGCGGUAUGCUGAUAUUGCAGGAGGUGUGCGAUGGGCUCGACAACAACAACGAUGGCAAGGUGGACAUCGACCCGCUCACCGAUCUGCCUCUCACGCGCCCCUGCCGCAACCCCUGUGGGGCUGGCGUGGAGACGUGCAUCGAGGGGGCGUUCCAGAACUGCACGGCGCCCGUGCACGGGCCGGAAGUGUGCAACGGAGUGGACGACAACUGCGACGGGCUGGUGGACAACUCGCCCUCCCUCUCCGCCCCGCAGCUCGACUGCGCCAACGGCUCCGUGUGCUUCAAGGGGCAGUGCCUGCCUGUUGGCCCCCUCACAGUGCCGCUUACCACUAUUGCCAAGGGCGCCUCUGGGUGGCUGUACUAUGACAAGGGGUAUCUGCCGCAGUCAUACCCCACCUGGAGCACCAACACCAACGUGCCAGCUCGCCUGCCAAGGAGGGAGCGGCACCGUUCGGGUUCAACACAGCAUCAGCUGCAGCCACCAACCUCUCGCAGCUCGCCAGUGGCGACAGUGCCUACUUCUUCCUCAAGAGCUUCCCUCUUACAGAGGAGGACGUCAACAACACCUGGAGCUACUCUGCAUCCAUACAGCGGGACGACGGGGCGCUGCUGCUGAUGAACGGUGCCGAGUUCUUCCGCACCAAACAUGCCGGCUGGCCCCCAUCACCGCCUCCUCCUUCGCUGCUGCGGGCACGUGGGGGCCAGAGAAGACCACCUUCUACAACAGCACUGCCUUCAGAUCGCUCGCCCAGUUUCUACAGCCUGGCACCAACUGGUUGGCAGUGCAGCUGCACCAAUCACGGUGGUCCAGCGAUGCUGUCAUGGACCUCGAGCUCACCCGCCACGCCAUGCAGCCCCUGCUCCGCGCUGCCUGGCUCUCCACCUGCCUGUGUCCGCACGCCCCCUGCUGACACCCUGCUGCUCGCGCAAGGGUCCUCGUGGGCCUACAACGACGCCUCCCUGCCUGCACCUCCCCCUGACUCCUGGUACCUGCCGUCCUUCGAUGACUCUGCCUGGCUCAAAGAGUGCUGACGAAGGGCAGUUAGCUCUUCUGGUGCUGUUGCCACCUCUCCCUGCCUGUAACUCCCCCUGACUCCUAGUACCUUCCCUCCUUCGAUGACUCUGCCUGGCUCAAAGGUGGCGCCCGCAUGGGUUGAAGGUGGCCCUGCAGCAGGGCAGCCACCAACCUGACGGUGGGCAGCACCCUCAACUGUGUGACUCCUCCCUCUUUCCCUCCCUCUUUCCCUCCCUCUUUCCCUCCCUCUUUCCCUCCCUCUUUCCCUCCCUCUUUCCCUCCCUCUUUCCCUCCCUCCUUCCCUCCCACUCUCUCUCCCAACAGGGCAACCGCCAACCUGACUCUGUUCAGCGCCCUCAGCGCCACCCCCCAUUGCUGCUGGGAACAGCAGGGCAGCCACCAAUCUCACCCUGGGCAGCGGCCUCAGCGCCCCAGCACCCCUCCCCGUGUGGCCUACUAUUUCCGCCGCACCUUUGCCGUAUCUGACGCUGCCUGCAACGUGGCCCUCACUGUCUCCCUGAAUAUUGCCGACGGCGCUGUGGUGUAUCUUAAUGGUGUCGAGGCAUACCGCUUCCAAAUGCAACCUGCGUGGUGGGGCCCCAUCACCCCCACCACCACUGCCACAGGCGGCUACGUGUGGCGCUGGGUGCCGUCGGUGCUGUCUGGGGGGUGGGUGCAGCAGGGCGCGAAUGUGAUAGCAGUGGAGGUGCACCAGCAGAAGAGCACCAAUACUCUGGUGACCUUUGAUGUGCAGCUCACCAGCAAGAGAGAGGCCAUUGCCUGCACCCCUUCCCCGCUCUAAACUGUGGAUUUGGUGUCAAGACAGCAGCCUGUGUUGGGGGUGGGAGCAGCAGGGCACGAAUGCGAUAGCAGCGGAGUUUCAUCAGCAGUAGAGCACCAAUACUCUGGUCUCGUUUGACGUGCAGCUCACCAGCAAGCGAGAGGCCAUUGCCAGCACCCCUGCCCCGCUCUAGGCUCUGGGAUUGAUACAACUGAAAGCUGUUCAAGGCGAGCCUUGCAUUGGUGUACAUUAUGUAUGCUCUGAAUUUGGUAUCAAUGCCUACGUUGCCUCCACCCACUUCUGCACCACUCUAGCCUGUGAAUCUGGUGUCAAGGCAGGCAGCACCCGGGUGUACCUGUACUGGACAAGUGGCCUCUCGUGGUUUUUAUUGCAUUAUGUACCUACAUUAGCUUGGAAUUUGGGUGUUUUCCCUUUGUAUUAUAGACAUUGUAAGACCUUGGUAUCAAACUUG